CUGGAGUCAGGUGGUUGACUGGUUCCUGGCAGAGGCAGCCGCAGUGGUGGCAUCUCCCUUCUAUAAUCCCUCACCUCAGCCACUGGAAUCCACCAGGCCAUGGAUACAGUAGCUGUGUACCAUGGUAAAAUCAGCAGAGAGACUGGAGAGAAGCUCCUGCUCGCCACAGGGUUGGACGGCAGCUAUUUGCUGAGGGACAGCGAGAGUGUUCCGGGCGUGUACUGCCUGUGUGUGCUGUAUCAAGGUUACAUUUAUACAUACCGAGUGUCCCAGACAGAAACGGGUUCUUGGAGUGCUGAGACAGCACCUGGGGUACAUAAAAGAUUUUUCCGGAAAAUAAAAAAUCUCAUUUCAGCAUUUCAGAAGCCAGACCAAGGCAUCAUAAUACCUCUGCAGUAUCCAGUUGAGAAUUCCUCAGCUCGAAGUACACAAGGGAGAAGAGAUUCUGAUGUUUUCCUGAAAGCACCAUGAUGAAAAAGAAAACACCUUGUACUUUAUUUUCAAUAAUUUAAAUACAUGCUAAGUCUUGUGUCAUGUAGAUAAUACAGUUAGUUCAGUGAGCUAUAAAUGCAUUUGUAGCACCACUGUAGUCCUGCAUUGAAAGCACUGUGCCUCAUAUUAAAGCUGAAAUGGACACUGUAGAUAACGAAAAGCUUUGAAAUGAAGAUUGGGAAAAAUAAUUCCAUAGGUUAUUUUCAGUUACCGUAUUUUCAAAUGGGAAAUAAUUUAAGAUAUAAUGAAUACUUGAUAAAACAUUAAUGUCGAUUCUUGCCAAAUAUAAAUAAAAAUAAUCCCUAGCUUUUGUCAAAGCACCAAUUACAGUGAUAUAUCAUUUGAUAAUUACUGAUUUCCUGAGUGUAUUCUGAGAAUGUAGUUGGUGUCCCCCACCUCUGUCACAUACAGUUCUCCUCUGUCUAUGGUGUCAUAGGCCCUUUGGGGAUUUAUAAAACUGUCCACUGACACAAGUACUAGGUAAACAGUGAAGGAUUCCUGUUUAAAUUUGAAAGUAACUUUCUUGUCUAGUAUUCUGAUGUCAGACAGUAAAAUCCACUGACCAAUCUGGAGUUUAAAAUCUUAUAAUUUAAAAUAACUUGUAAAUGUUUACUGUAUUUGAUGGUAUAGGAUAAGAAAUUAUAUUUAGAAAUCUGAUGAUGUAGGUUUUUCUUCUUCUCAUUUAUCUCUGCCCCAAUUUUUUCUACUCUAUGUAAAACCUCAUUUGCAAAGGAAUUUUCGGCAACUAGAGCUCUUGGUUAACUGAUGUGUAAUCAGUCUCCCUAUUGGUAACCUGACAAGUCUACUUGAAAGCUUAUGCUUACAUUAAUUUUUAACAAUUCUGAGUGACUGAAACCUAAGUAAGAGUCAAAAUUUUGCAUGUAUUUUCUUCUCACAUUUAUAUCUUUACAAGUUUGUGAUUGACUGUAUGCCAUGUUGCUUUAUGACUCAAAUAAUUCAUCUGUUCAACAAACAUAAUAGGGUACUGGGGGUAGAGAAGUAAAAAUAUCUGGGCCCUGCCCUCAGAUAUCCACUGUCUUAUUGGCCAAGAAAAUUGUAAUAGUAAGAGAUAAUAAAAGAAAAUUUAAAAGGCACACACAAUAAUAAUAAAAGUUGUUAAGUACAUAAGUGAGGUUCUCUAUGUGUAGGUAGAGUUGGCUUUAGAGGAAAGGCAAAUCAGCGCAAAUACUCUGGUCCAUAGGAAAAAUCUGUCUCAUUGUAUACGGAUGACAUGGCAAUUUGGGUUGUACGUGAAUGCUGUCAACUUAGUUAAUAACUAGCGCACUGCUGAAAGCCAGAGCUACUCUUUAUGUGCUGCAAGUUCUGAUUUUUAGACAUUUAGCAUAGUGAAGUAUGGCCAUGGUAGUAUAUUGUGGGUAGCUCAUCAUUUCUUGAAGGAAGAGCAUCACUUUAACUUGUAAAGGCAUUCAGAAGCCUACUCCACACUGUUUCUCUGGUGUGAGAAAACAAAAGUGUAAAAAAGGACCAACAUGUGUAAUAGAUAUCGUGAAACAG